UGGCGUCACUUCCGCCAGCCGCUCGACUUCCUGUUAGCUUGAGCGGACAAGCGGACGACUGCUAAAGGCGAUCCUUCAAACCGCGAUGAUGUCGUCGUCGUCGCCGGCCGCGGCCCGCCGGGUUCUGGUGGUCGGCGCCGGCCUGACGGGAAGCCUGUGCGCGUGCCUGCUCAGGAGGAAGUUCCAGGACAAAGUCCACAUUGUCGUCUGGGACAAAGCGCGAGGAGCCGGCGGAAGGAUGUCGACGUUCCGCCCUCCCGACCCUUCGUCCCACUCGGCCGACCUGGGAGCUCAGUACAUCUCGGCCACGCGCGAGUACGCUCGCUCGCACCACAGUUUCUACUCUGAGUUGCUGGCGGCGGGCGUCCUGCGUCCGCUCGACUGCGCCGUCGAAGGCCUGCGACGCAAAGACGGCAGCACGGACUACGUGGCGCCGCUGGGCAUGAGCGGCGUGGUCAAGCACUUCCUGCGGGAGUCAGGAGCCGACGUGUUCCUGGAGCAUCACGUGACGGGCCUGUCCCGCCGCGGCGCCUCGUGGGAGGUCCACAGGAAGCGCGGCGCCAGCCGACACUUCGACUCGGUGCUCUUGACUGUCCCCGUCCCGCAAAUUCUGGAGCUCCAAGGCGACCUGGAGGACGUUGUAUCUGUACGGCAGAGGGCGCUGUUGAGUGGCGUGUCUUACUCGUCUCGUUUCGCCCUGGCGCUCUUCUUCCCUCCCGGCGCGGACAUCGGCGUGCCGUGGGCCGUGCGCUAUUACGACGACCCCAGGGUCGUCUGCUACGCCGCCGUGGAGCCUCGCAAACACGCCACAGACGGGGCCGCGGGCCGCGGUCCGUCCUUGGUGGUCCACACCGGUGCCCCGUUCGGGCUGCGGCACCUGGAGCGAGACGUCGAGGAAGUGCAGCCACUCAUCUUGCGGGAACUGCGCCAGCUCCUCCCGGCUCUGCCUCAGCCGAUCAGCAUCAAGUGCCACAAGUGGAGGUACUCGCAGGUCGUGAGCGCGGUGGCAGGCUGCCCAGGUCACAUGACGUUGUCAGAGCACCCCCUGCUGGUUUGCGCCGGCGACGCCUUCACUCAUUCCAACUUCGACGGCUGUCUGGCGUCCGCACUGAGCGUGCUCGGUGUGUUCCGAGAUGUCGUGUGACAGGAAGUGAAGGUCGUGCGUGCGUGUCUUAGCCUGUAAGUGGUGCCUAGCAACUGACACCCACGGAGUGUGUGUUGUGUUGCGAAGAAGGCGUCACUUCAUUUCUUUUUCAUUUCCUGUUUCCAAUGUCCUGAUUGCGGGACUAAUAAAGGUUCGACUUGU